UUAACAGGUGUGCAUUAGUCACAAUGUUUCGAUCGAUCGUACUAGUGUUGCUAACCCUAGCGUGGCCGGAUCAUGCAGUGGCUCAAUCAUCGGAGUACGAAUAUGUCGUAGUCGGUUCUGGACCGGGUGGUGGACCGCUGGCAGUCGAACUAGCGAAAUCCGGGCACUCGGUUCUCCUUUUGGAAGCUGGAUCCGAUCUGUCUGACGACCCUAUGUACCAAAACACCGGCAGAGCUCCCGAAGCGGCGAAUGACGCAAGAACGAGAUGGGAUUUCUUCGUGAAGCAUUCAGAUGACCCAGAGAGAGAGUUGAAGUACGAACACAUGACUUGGCGUACCACUAAUGGAUCAUUUUACGUCGGUCUCGACCCCCCUGAGGGCGCAGAACAGCUUGGAAUCUAUUAUCCCCGCGCUGCAACUCUCGGCGGAUGCGCGAUGCACAAUGCAGCCGUCCUACAUCUACCUAGCGACCAAAACUGGGACUAUAUUGCGAACAUCACCGGUGAUGACUCGUGGAGAGCAUCUGAGAUGAGAAAGAUCUUUGAAGAGAUCGAGAAUUGCCAUUACCUGGAGAAUGGAACUGCCGGCCAUGGUUUCUCGGGGUGGUUAGACAGUAACCAGGGCACAGACUUCUGGCUGAGUAAUGCUACCGACGGAACUGCACUUCUGAAAGCUGUAGCGGAAGCAUCCGGCUCAGUAGGGAAUAGUACUGGCUCGGCAAUAUCUGAUGACGAACUGAGGACGCUUUUGAAUAGAGACAUCAAUGCACUAGAUCCAAACCGUGACCAACUUACUGGGAUAUUCGGCAUGGCGACACAUACGGACGCCGCCGGACUGCGUUUUAGCCCCGCGAACUAUAUCAAGAGGGCACUAAAAGAGAACCCAGAGCUUCCAUUGACCGUCGAGCUCAACUCCUUUCUCACGGGGAUCACGUGGGACCAGCUACGGGACUUUGAGCCUCCCGCCGUGAUGUCGAUAGACUACGUCGUUGGACCUAGCGCGUACAAAGCCGAUCCGCGAUACGAUCCGAAUCGGAACACCACUACUGGUUUCUCUUGGGUUGGCAAGGAGCUUAUCAUCGCCGGCGGUACUUUCAACUCCCCUCAGAUUUUGAAGCUUAGCGGUGUUGGCCCAGCAGACGAGCUUGAGAAGCACAAUAUUACUGUUGUAGCAGAUCUUCCGGGAGUUGGCGCAAACCUUGGAGAUAACUACGAGGGUGGCGUUUUAUCUCUCGCUGCUAAACCAUUCCAAGGUCUAAGCGGUCCCUACGUUGUCCAGUUGAAGACAUCAGCUUCGGAUGGUGAUCGAGACAUAUACGCAUGGCAGUUAAAUGCUGGGUUUGAAGGCUUUUGGCCUGGAUGGCCCGAUAAUUUCGGUCCAAACGUCUUAACAAUCCCAUUCGUGCAUAUGGACCCGCGCUCAAGUGGUAAAGGAUCAGUCGAGUUACGCUCUGCCGAUCCCUUCGAACAACCCGAGAUAAACUUCCGCUUCUUCGAGGGAGACAGCGAAAAGGACCUGCAGGCCAUGCUCGAAGCUGUCAAGUUCGGUCAUAGAUUGAAGAGCCUUCUCCCGGAAGAUUCGGGUCUAAGUCCCUUCGACGAGAAGCAUCCAUGCAAAGGUGAUGACUCUGCUGACUGUACCGAUGACGCUAUUAAGGAAUAUCUGAAGCUGCAGGCAUACUCGCAUCAUGCAAGCGGUACCUGUGCGAUUGGUAACAUCUCCGAUCCGAUGUCUGUCCUGGACUCGAAAUUUAGAGUCAAGGGAGUCAAAGGCCUUCGCGUCGUGGACGCGUCAGUCUUCCCCAAACCACCCGGCGCAUUCCCGGUUCUCCCAACAUUCAUGAUAUCAAUGAAAGCGGCGAAGGACAUCUUAGGAGAUGCUUAAAGGGUAACUUUCUUUAUGAAUUGUGAAGAUAUAGCUCUCCUCAUGCAUCCACCUUAUGAAUACUCCA